UCGGUUUUGCUCACUCCUCAAUCGAUUUUCCCUGAGUUCACUUGAAAAAGCUACCAUCUUGGCAUGGAGUGAAAAUUUCGCUGUUCCCCGAGUCAGAGGCUGGAAAAUUUUCUGCAGCUCUUCUUCUACUAAAAAUAGUGGUUUGAUCUGCGUGAGGAUCGAAUGUCCAAGUCCUGUCGCCAGCAACGAGUCUGCGGGACCCAGUGGUGCUGAUUUAGCUCUCCGAGUGAAAAAUGAAUAGUGCGGGCAGUAGUUGUUGAGGAUUUUCCGAGUUUUUCCAGUUACACAAAUCGAAGAAAAAUAGCUGAGGACGACUAGGUUUGUCCUGUCCGUAGGAAAAUCCUUCGCAGCCAGUCGCAGCGAAAUUGCGAAAAAAAAAAUCCAAAAUGGCUCCGGGUAUUAAAAUAUGGAAAAGAGAGGCGGAACCCGAUGCCGAUGUGAAACUGGCAGAGGCUGCAACCACCCUGGGGACGAAAAUCUUCGGUCACAAGCAUCCCCAUCUUCGCACGACGACGGAAUCAGAUCUAGAAACAGACGAAAAUGACGAGCUUGGAAGCACCGCAUCGCCAACGAAAGGCGAAGCGGAGAAGAUUGGCGACAAAGCGGCAGAGAUCACCGAGGCCCUGGCAAGCGAAAUGGGCAUACCAACGUGGGGCCUGGUGUCGAUCAUAAUCGUGGUCCUCCUGAUCAUCCUCGGCAUAUGUGGCUUCUGCAUCCGACGCUGCUUCCGCAAGAGACGCUCCAAAGAUGGCAAGAAGGGCAUGAAAGGAGUCGAUCUGAAAUCGGUACAAUUAUUAGGUUCAGCAUACAAAGAAAAGGUGCAACCGGACAUGGAAGAACUGACUGAGAACGCAGAAGAACAAGACGAAGGAGAAAGUAAGCAAAGUGAACAGAAACUAGGCAAACUACAAUAUAAGCUUGAAUAUGAUUUCAAUGCGAAUGCCCUAACUGUGACAGUAAUCCAAGCGGAAGAAUUGCCAGCUCUUGACAUGGGAGGCACGUCUGAUCCUUACGUGAAAGUCUAUCUACUCCCAGACAAGAAGAAAAAGUUCGAAACGAAAGUCCAUAGGAAAACUCUUAAUCCGGUAUUUAACGAAUCAUUCACAUUCAAGAGCCUUCCGUAUGCCGACGCGAUGAACAAAACCCUAGUGUUUGCCAUAUUCGAUUUCGAUCGAUUCUCCAAGCACGACCAGAUCGGAGAAGUCAAGGUACCCCUGUGCCAGAUCGAUUUGGCCCAAACCAUCGAAGAGUGGCGAGAGCUGCAGAGCGUCGAAGGCGAAGGCGGUCAGGAUAACAAGCUGGGAGACAUCUGCUUCUCGCUGCGCUACGUACCAACUGCAGGUAAACUCACCGUCGUGAUUCUGGAGGCGAAGAAUCUAAAGAAGAUGGACGUCGGUGGAUUGUCAGAUCCAUACGUAAAGAUUGCACUGAUGCAGAACGGAAAGCGUUUGAAAAAGAAAAAGACUAGUAUCAAAAAAUGCACACUAAACCCCUACUACAAUGAGUCGUUCUCAUUCGAAGUUCCUUUCGAACAAAUACAAAAAGUGAACCUGGUGGUAACUGUGGUGGAUUACGAUCGCAUCGGUACGUCGGAACCCAUCGGUAAGGUCGUCCUGGGCUACAACGCCAGCGGCACCGAGCUGCGCCACUGGUCCGACAUGCUGGCCUCGCCGAGACGUCCGAUCGCACAAUGGCACACCCUGAAGGACCCGGAGGACGACAAGAAGGACUAAGAAGGCGGACCAAUGCAGCCGGAUGAAUGCAGCAGCUAACAAAGCAACAACAACAAACAAAACAAACAAAAAAAUACGAGAGACAAGAGACACUGAGGUUGGAUCACGGGGGGAGACGAGAAUCAUAGGUGGAAUCGCGUUAAUGGAAUAGGAAUAAAAGAAAAUAAAAAAAAACACAUAAAAAUAAACACACUAAUCGAAGGAAAGAGUGAAUAGUGGGCGAGAUCGAAGCGAUUGAUAGGCCCCGCCCCCCUCUUUCGAGGUUGAAGAUUUCUUGAUCGAAUUUCUUUCCGGCGGCUGAUUUGAUUCACAGACUAACGAAGAUCUAAUCAGGUUUAUGUAUAAAAAAAAAAGAAAUGAAACAAUACCAAAAAGAAAUGUUGAUGUUUAUUUCGUUCUUAAAAGUAUGUUCAAGUACUAGUGGAACGUUGCGUGGAAGGAGUCAGUUAAUUGUUACCAGAAGAAGAAAAAAAAACUCAUCGAUAAAAUCCAUUGAAAAAAAUGACAGGUAGGUUGAGUGGACCAGUUUUUGGAAAUAGUGGUUGCAUUUUCUGGGAAGAGUAAUCGGAUAAAUUGAAAACCUUCAAGCAGUCAUACUGGUUUGAGCAGCGAUCGUUUAAUGCAAUAAAUUGCAAGUAAACAAUAAGUAAAUAAAACGAAAAAAAAAAUGAUGACUGGUUUUAGUUUUAUCGAAGCUUUAAAAAGGUAUCUAAACCUAACUCUGGCCAUGAUAAUUCAUAUAAAACCUUGAAAAUAUCUUUAAAGAAAUGCAAUUUCCAAAGUUUAAAUGACAGCGGCAUGUUAUUUUUGAGUGGUUUUUUUUUCAGAGCUUAAAAGUUUAUGCUUUAAAAUCAUCAAAAAGUUUCUGUGAAAAAAAAAGAAAAAAAAUCCACUUUUUCACAAAUUUUAACGGUUGCUUCGCAAACAAAUCGGCUCUGAGAGUAGCCAAAAGUACUUAUGGUGACAUGAUGUUAAAUCUGGAACCCUGUUAGUUUAAAAUUGUCAGAGUAACAUGUUUGAAAUGAUUUUAUAUCUCCAACCAUCCGGUAUAUCUAGAACGAAAGCAACUACUUCCAAAAACUGGGUACACUCACCCAAAAUUCGAUUGUUAAGUUCGGUUUAUAAGCUUGGACGCGUCUAAAUUUGGACUCUGGAAAUAACGUUCCUUGAUAGGUCGAAACAGUGGUUGAAAAAUUGAAACUAGCUCAGUUUUCUAUGCAUAGCAUAUUGAUAGGGAUACAUGUGAAGGUGUGUAACAAAUUGAUCCAUUGGAACGCGGUCUAGAACAAACGGUCGAAAGCCCAGAAAGUGCGCCUAUUGUGCAUCUUUUCUAGCUACUGCAUAUCUCUCACUGAAAAAACGAAGAAGAAAUGGAACGUCACUGCGUGACGGAUUACAUGCUAUAUAACUUAUCAAAAGUGAACUAAUAAAAACUCUAGCAUCGAUGCCUCGUUGAUUGGUUGAAAAUGAUUUCUUUUGAUUUCGUAACUAACGACUACAAGCACGCGUACAAGUAACAAACUCACAGCCACACUCACACACUUGAAGCAAAUCAAUAGAUAGAGUUCUGAAACGCGAGAAGAUUGAAACACUUAGAACUAAUAAAGGAUAUCGUAAAAGAAGAAGAAGAAAAAGAAAACAAUAUACAUGGUCUCCAUUCGAUGUUGUAGAAAAGAAGCACAAUAAUAGCCUAAACCAUGCAUAAGCAGACGACAGUCAUACACACCGACCGCCGAUUGUGAGUAGGUAAAUCAAACUUGAAGUAAAGAAA